CGGGGAGACUGACUGUAGGUGAGGAGCUAAUUUAGACUCAUGAGUAAGCAGUUGGAAAUUGUUGCUGAUCUGUAGGGGGAUCAUAAACCACUAGGGUUUCGCUUCGCAUCUUUCUCUUCCAUCAGAUGUCUCUCUACCAGUGGCAGUGCGCCCGUGCAGAAUUAGCCUGAGAGAUCAUUUCUUGCGCUUUUGUCACAGUGCGACCACCUGCGCUUGAGAACCAGCAAAGGCGGUGUCUGUUCAGGCGUGCGGAGCUGGCGGAAAGAGAGAGAAGGAAGCUGAGACUGUGAGCAUCUGAGCAGCUACACCUCGAAGAAACCUGACAAGGCAUGUCUACCACCGGGGAAGUGCCUGCCUUCUUCAAGAGCAUGGGCUCUGACAGCCCCGCCAGGCCGAGGCAGAAAUUCUGUGGCAUGUUCUGCCCGGUGGAAGGCUCCACGGACAGCAAGACGCUGGACUUUGACGCUCUCUCGAUGUGCAGAGGCAGGAGCGACGGGCGAGUCAUUGACCGACAGACCGACAUCUCCCAGCCGAGGAAGGUGGAGAUACGGGAGAGCACUGGGAAAGAAGCGCUGCAGAAUCUGGACGACAAACGGAGCGACCGUCUCCUGAUCAAGGGAGCCAAGAUAGUGAACGAUGACCAGUCCUUCUGUGCUGACAUCUAUAUGGAGGAUGGAGUCAUCAAGCAAAUUGGGGAAAACCUCAUCGUGCCCGGUGGGGUGAAAACCAUCGACGCCCACGGUCGCAUGCUGAUGCCGGGUGGCAUCGAUGUGCACACGCGUUUCCAGAUGCCCGAUCGAGGCAUGACGUCCGCCGACGACUUCUACCAGGGCACCAAGGCCGCACUGGCUGGAGGCACCACCAUGAUCAUUGACCACGUGGUCCCCGAGCCCGGUGUCAGCCUCAUCUCGUCCUUCGAGCAGUGGCGUGAGUGGGCAGACAGCAAGUCCUGCUGCGACUACUCGCUGCACAUCGACAUCACCGAGUGGCACAGGGGCCUCCAGGAGGAGAUGGAGGCGCUGGUGAAGGAUCACGGUGUCAACUCUUUCCUUGUCUACCUGGCUUAUAAGGAUCUUUUCCAGCUUACUGAUGCCCAGGUGUACGAGGUGUUCAGUGUGAUCCGCGAUUUGGGAGCCAUCGCUCAGGUUCACGCUGAGAAUGGCGACAUUGUAGCUGAGGAGCAACGCAGGAUCCUGGAGCAGGGAAUCACUGGGCCUGAAGGACAUGUGUUGAGCCGUCCUGAGGAGGUGGAGGCGGAGGCUGUCAACCGCUCGGUGACCGUGGCCAAUCAGACCAACUGCCCUCUGUACAUUACCAAGGUGAUGAGCAAGAGCGCCGCUGAUGUCAUCGCUCAGGCCAGGAAGAAGGGGACUGUGGUCUACGGCGAGCCUAUCACUGCAAGCCUGGGAACAGACGGGUCACACUACUGGAGCAAGAACUGGGCCAAAGCGGCCGCCUACGUCACCUCCCCUCCUCUGAGCCCCGACCCCACCACACCAGACUAUCUCAACUCCCUGCUCUCCUGCGGUGACCUGCAGGUGACAGGAAGUGCACACUGUCCCUUCAACACUGCCCAGCGUGCGGUGGGCAAAGAUGAUUUCACCUUGAUCCCUGAGGGCGUCAAUGGUUCUGAGGAGAGGAUGUCUAUCAUCUGGGACAAGUGUGUGGUGACAGGCAAGAUGGACGAAAACCAGUUUGUGGCGGUGACCAGCACCAACGCCGCCAAGAUCUUCAACCUGUACCCUCGCAAGGGCCGCAUCGCCGUGGGUUCUGAUGCUGACCUGGUGCUCUGGGACCCAGACGUCACAAAGAUAAUCUCUGCCAAGACCCACAACUCGACUGUGGAGUACAACAUCUUUGAAGGCAUGGAGGUGCGCGGCGGGCCUCUGGUGGUGAUCAGCCAGGGCAAGAUCGUCUUGGAGGAGGGGACCCUCCACGCCAUUGAGGGCUCGGGACGAUACGUGGCCCGCAAACCUUUCCCCGACUACGUCUACAAGAGGAUAAAGGCUCGCAGCAGGCUGGCUGAGUUGAGGGGUGUACCCAGGGGACUGUACGAUGGUCCAGUCUGCGAGGUGUCAGUCACCCCUAAAACCAUGACUCCCGCUUCAUCUGCCAAGACCUCACCUGCCAAGCAGGCCAGCCAGCCCGUCCGUAACCUGCACCAGUCUGGCUUCAGCCUAUCUGGUGCUCAGGUCGACGACAACAUUCCUCGCCGGAACACCCAGCGCAUCGUGGCGCCCCCAGGCGGCAGGGCCAACAUCACCAGCCUGGGUUAGAGCUGGGCCUCCGGCUGCCGAGGGGGAGACGGAGAUCCGCGGAAGGAUGGCCAACGGGGGGGCCGAAGGGUGGACAAGCCGCCUCACCCUUCGAGCCCGCCAUCCCUCGGCCUCGAUCUUUCACCUCCUCCUCCACGGCAGCUUUUUUCACGUACCCACCACUCCUCUUCCCCAAAACCUGAUCUUAGCGGACACUGUUAGACACACAUACACAAAAAAAAGAAAAAACAAACAAAAAAAAUCAAAGAAAAUCUGCCUCACAUGAUGAAAAAAAGAGAAAAAAAAGAUAACAUUCUUUAUUUGAGCACUUUUGACUGCAUUAUUUAGAUUUUUUUUUAUACUGUACUUCCUCCCUGCCAUGUUUCCUUUCAGUGUUUGCUUUGUCGUCAUUUUCACUGAGGCGUCAAAUGAGACCCAACGGAAUUAACACAGCUAAGAAAAGAGGAUGAAGUCCGUGCGGGAUGUCUGCUGUAUUUCCAUUCUUCAUUUAGAUUAUGGGAAUAGAAAAGGGUGGAGCAUGGGUACAAAACUGCUAUCUUCUUUUGUUCAAAAUCAACAGUCUUACAGUUUAGUCACCUGACAAGAAUCUAGUACUUCCUCCUAGCUCUUGACUGUCUGUGAUUUGUGUUGCAUUUCAGUCGCUUCACUUUGCCGUCUUUGACACCCCACUGCAGUUGAUACGUUUGGGCGGCCUUAAGGUUUUUAGAUUAUGCUUGUAGACUCUCGCUGCUUUGGCUUGGAUCUCAUGUUGUCUCACCUGUGGAUUUGGUAAGGUACGUAAGUUGUGAUUUGAGCAGAGAGUCCUGCGCAACAGAAGGAGCUUUGGCUGGUAGUUAAUAAAGCUUUACGCUGCAUAGUGCUAGGUCAUUGUUAGGGGAGGGGAAAGAUCGGUGGAGAAAGAUGAAGUCGUACUCGCCGUCGCUUAAAAGUCUCCUUGCCUUACUAUCUCUUAACGCCGUCCUCUUAGAGUAGCUUCAGAAGUGCAGGGAAGGUGCCAUUCACUACGCAGCUACACUGUUUUUCCGUUUCGUUUGCAUUCCCGUGAUUCGCAGAGGUCCAAUAUUUCGAAUGACAGCUGUAGAAGCAUCUGAUAACCGUCCAUCACCAGUCAGUGCAUUUACAUUACGGAAUGUUUCUCCUCCUCCUCCUCCUCCUCCAAAUGUGACCGUUUUAUACUCAUCAAGAUUCUUCUUUCCUUUCUUACUCUUUAUGUGCCUGAAACCCACAGAAGUUGUACUGAUAGUCUGAUUUUAUUUUUCUUGUUUUGAUGUUCUUUUUGUUUUUUUUGAGGUAAGUGAAGGAUGUAAGAUAAAAAAAGGAAGAUGUAAAAUAGCCAGGAUUAACCGAUUCAAAGGUGCCAGAUUUUGCGCUUUCGUAGGGCCUACUCUGCAGAUAGAGCCCCUGUAAAGACGAAAAAAUGCUCGAUAUGUUGAAAUGUUCUAACGUUUUAGAGUUUUUAACUUGUUGUCAAAAUGCUUUUUAGUGUCAUUCUGUAACUAGGUGCCUAAGGGCUGAGCACUAUUGAUUUACGCUUGAAAGUAGACAUGAGCUAAUGUACUUCUGACUAGUGUGCAAAUGUUCGAUGUGCGAGGGAUGGGACACGCACAUGCGGCACGCUCCUGCGGGCACUCCUCACGGCUGCCGGGUGGCGGUUUCAUCCGUGCCGGCCGUGCGUUCACAUGUUGUUGUUCCUAUUUUUUUUCUCUUUUCUUUUCUUUUUUUGUGUGCAUGAUCUGGUUUUCAUUAAGCCAAGCCGUUUCCAGCCUUUCUCUUCCCCAUGACUAAAUGACACAAACAGGGGUCAGUCGCGGAUGAAGAGCGAUCUGAGCUCAGACCGUCGGCCUUUUGUCUUGUUAAAAACUAUUCAGAGACGCCAAAGUUGCUCCUUAGAUUUCGGUCUCAGAGCGAGUCGUUCUUCACGCAGCUGGCCCCUGACUCACUCGCACGUAUACAGUCAUACACGACGCAGGCGUACAUUACUUCUCUGUUUGUGCUUUCAACCUCACUGUUCCUCCCCCUCUAAGAUAACUGGAAGCCUGUAGAAGGCAAAGUCUGUCAGCGUUACAAACGGCAUAUAUAUGUGUCUAUAUAUAGACAUAUAUAUAGAUAUGUAUACGUUCAGAUAUGUAAUCUGAGGCAGGGGGAUGUGACGAAUGCCUCUAAAGCAUUCAAAGGUAUGACAAAUGGAUCUUCACGGCAGCUUUACACAUCACACAACAAGGAUUUUGUUUGCAGGUCAGGAGUUUGGAGUUGUGUACCGUUUCACGUUUCUUUUAUUUAUUUUUUGAUAACCAGAUAACCAGUCUUCUACGGACGCAGUGUUACCGCGCCACUACACUUGGGAGGGUAGGUGAGGGUGAAGUCCGCAAACACUAACACAGUUUGGCAGCAAGCGCUUAUUUCACUCUCCCUUUCCUUUCUUUCUCUCCCUCCCUCCUCAGUUCUUUGGUUGUUUCUGGCUGUUGCCGUGGCGACAGACCCCUCCACUCUCUCCGGGUUCUGCUUUUUUGUUUGUCAUGGCAACGCGUGUCAGAUUGGUGGUUGCCACUGGCAACCCCUUCCUGACCCUGGUGCUAUUAAUGCAGCUCUGCGCAUAUACACACACAGACACACAUCUUUUUUUAAUUAUUCCAUUACAGUCCUGCAUUAUUGCUGCAUAAUCCCUGUGCUGAGUCGUGUGGAAUCCAGAGUCUGUGAGGGUUGAAAGCACACUGCAGACUAGUAGAGGCACACGCCAAACAGUCGUCGCUGCGAUGCAGCGCCUGAAGAAUUGACUUAAGGACAAUAAAACCCAGCUGUCAAUGCUGGCACCCUCGCCGUGUCCCAUGCCUCCUCAGUUUACCCGCACACACACACACACACACACACACACACACACACACACACACACACACACACACACACGUAUACUCCUUUAAUGCUCUGUCAGCUUGGAUGCUUUUUCUAUGCCAUAUUAUGCUAAUGAUAUAUGGGUGAUAUGUAUGUACAUGCUGCAGGCCGAGAGGAGCUUCCUUCUGCUCUGAGGUUGUUGAUGCUGUUGAACACCUUCUCGCUCCUGAGCCCAUUUCGUCGCCCCCCUCCCUCCCCUUCUCUGUAAGCCUCCCCCCCACCCCCACCCUUUGUGAAAGUGAAACUGUGUGAUGGUAUUUGUCUUGGUGGCUGUGGGGUGUCUGGGAUUCUUGCUCACUAUGGGAAAAGUGUCAAAACCCGCGGAUGGUGAUGUAAAAAAAAAAAAAAAAAAGAAGAAAAAAAAACAGAAACAA